AUGACGCCCGAGUUUCUGGACUUGCUCACGACGUUGCUCGAGAAAGACCCGUCCCGCCGACUCGGCUAUUUGAACGGCAUCGCCGACGUCAAAGACCACGCGUGGUUCCGCGGCACCAACUGGGACAGCGUGCGAAAGAAUGAGCUCGUACCGCCGAUUCUGCCCAAACCCGCCGGGGACGACUGGGUCAACAACUUUGACCCGCAGUUCACGGAGCAGCCACAUGCAUUGAACGACGAAAAGCUCCACGAGGGGACGCUGAACUUGGCAAAGGAAUUCGCUGGUUUUGACUACGUUCGGCAAAUGUUAUGGCCGUCCACCACACCCACCCUGCAGAAUCACUUGUAUUUACGGGUACUGGAUGGGCACUUCGCGUGUCACCAACCAGCCCGGUUGUCAAAGAGCAAAGUCGAUCCCGUCACUGGACGGUAG